UCCUUUCGUCGAUAUUUGUUUGCUUGAGUUAUUUUGUCGCUUGAAUUUAAGAAUGGACAAAAUGCUUAAUUUGCCGAUUUUCUGUUUUUUCAUAAGCAAAUAUUUAAUGUAAUGUACGUGAUAAUUAUGCAACCAAGCUGACUAAAAUUAUGGUUCCCUAAGUUUUGAAGGGCACUGUGAAAGUUAUUCCUCUGAACUUAACUUAACAAGACCUAAUACUGACGGAAAGGAUGUCAUCUGUUUUGAAUAAGUUGUUCACGAAGUAUUUGUUCGUGACAAACACUCUGGCAACAGGAGGGCUAUUAGCCCUCGGAGACUGUAUUACACAGAAGAUGGAGACCGCAUAUGCCAGACAGCAGGACCAAGAUCUAGUCCCUGGAAAAUAUACUCACAACUGGGGACGGACUGGGAGAAUGUUCACCAUAGGAGUGAUGCUGGGGCCUUUCAACCAUUUGUGGUACACUAAGAUAAUUGAGAAGAUUGUAAAGACAGGAGGAAAACAGGGGGCAGUAAAGCGAAUUCUAGCUGAUCAGGCAAUAGCUGGACCAUUCUUUUGUUUCUCAUUCUUCUUUGGUAUGGGAAUGAUGGAGGGUCGUGGUGUGGAUGGAGCACUACAAGAGGUCAAGGACAAGUUUCUUACUGUAUAUGUGAUUGACUGGUUUGUGUGGCCACCAGCUCAAUUCAUCAACUUCUAUUUCCUUCCAAAAAAAUUCAGAGUGGUGUAUGUGUCUUGUCUAACACUGAUUUGGAACACAUUCUUGUCCUGGUACAAACACAGGGAGAUAGCACAUAAACAUGAAGUAUGAACCUGGGACAGAAUCGGACACUUGCGGGCAUUAACAUGAAUUAUGAACCAUGGAUGGAAUCUGACAAUGAGCACAUAAACAUGAAGUAUGAACCAGGGACAGAAUCGGACACUUGCGGGCAUCAACAUGAAAUAUGAACCAUGGACGGCAUCGGACACAGAGGGCAUCAGCAUGAAAUAUGAACCAUGGACGGCAUCGGACACAGAGGGCAUCAACAUGAAAUAUGAACCAUGGAC